AUGAGUCCUGAACGGCAGGUCCAAUAUAUAUACGCAGACUGCUCUCGCAGGAUCAGUCUGCUCUUCGCCAUGAUCGCCCUCCUCAUCCUCGCCGUCGCGGCUGUCGCAGACUCCCAGUUCUUCCCUCCUCCUCCUUUCUCGGCCCCCGCUCCCUUCGCACCAAGCUUCGCAUCUCCUAGCUUUGCCGCACCCCCUCCCCCACAACCCGCUUUUAACUCGUUUGCCCAACCCGCCCCCGCCUUCAGCUCUUUCCCAGCCGCUGCCCCAUCCUUCGCUCAACCUAAGAUCAGCAUCGUUCAGAGGAACUACCAGCAGGAUGACCGCGGACAGUUCACAAACUCGUACACUCAGACAGACGGUGCCAACUUCCAGGAGACCGGGGAGCUCCGCCCAACCAACGACCGCUUGGACAACGUCAUCGUCAAGAAGGGUUCCUUCAGAUACACCUCCCCGGAGGGUAUCCCUGUGGAGAUCUCUUACGUAGCUGACGAGAAUGGGUUCCGCCCCGUUGGCUCUGUCAUCCCCGUCUCUGUCCAUAGCGUUGCCCCGUCCUUCAAGUAG